GGCACUCUGCGAGCGGCUACUGCGAAACACCCGAGCAGCUGGGGGCAGGAGAUCCGCUGGCGCUGGUGGGGGUCUCACUUUUUGCUCUCCGCCGCCACCACAUUUAGGCUGACUGAGUUGAAAGAAAGCGCCUCCGGCCUGCGUCCUCGUCUUGAGGUUAUCGCCUGCCCCUCUCCCCGCUUCUCCCUUUCCACCCUUGAGCCGGCCCUGUUUUGUUUGGGUUUAAUCCUCUGGUUGGCGGCGCCUACCCGCGCGGCCCUGGAACCCCUUGCUGUGGGCAUCGUUCGUUCGCUCCCUGGCGGACCCGCCCGCCCCGCUUAUCCGUGGCUCCCGCGUCCCUGAACCUCGGGGUCGUGUUUGUGUUUGACCCGCGGGUGGCCGGGCUCACGCGCGCGCGCCGCGCUCCGGGAAGCGGUGGGGGCAGCGCUGCGCGGGACAAGGCGGGCGGGCGGGCGACCCACCUGGGGCGAGGGAGAGAACGAGAGGCGGCGCCGCCGCCGCCGCCCCCGCCGCCGCUGCUCCGGAUGGAGCUGGGCCCGGAGCACUCGCACCGCCGCCGGCUUCUCUUCGCCUGCAGUUCGCAGCCAGCCGUCGUCAAGGCCCUGUUUCCUGCUGGUCCCGGGGGGCUCUCCCCGGUCACCAACCUCGCAGUCACCAUGGACCAGCUGCGGGGCCUGGGCAGUGAAUGUGAGAAUCCACUGGAAAUGAAGAACAGUAGUAGCCUACAGCGAACAAGCUCCUCAGAGUCUACAGAUUCAGGUUUUUGUCUAGAUUCUCCUGGGCCCCUGGAUAAUAAAGAAAGCCUUGAAAAGCCCAUGAGGAGAAUAAAUUCCCUGCCACAGAAGCUCCUGGGUUGUAGUCCUGCCCUAAAAAGAAGCCAUUUUGAUUCACUUGACUGUGAUAUCUUUCAGCUAAGCGACCAUGAUGAAAACAAGGAAAAUGAGGGCUUUGAAUUUAAGAAGCCAACAAGACCUGUACCUCGUGGCCCUUUUCAUGGACUUGGAGAGGUCAAAGAUGUCUUCACGCAAAGGCAGAAUUCAGCCCCAGCUCAAAUGUUUCCUCUGACCUCUCUGUCUGAUGAGGAUGAUGGAUUCCUGGAAAUCCUUGAUGGAGAGAACCUAAAGAAUGAUGAUGAAACUUCAUCCUGCAUGUCAAGCCUUUGGACAGCUCCCCUAGUAAUGAGAAGAACAACAAACCAAGGUAAACGAUGUAAGCUGUUUGAAUCCCCCUCUACACCUAGUACCAUGACUCGUCCUGUGUUGAAGAGACUGGAACGUUCUUCAGAGGAUUCCCCACCAGGAAACACAAAAAAGAGGAAAAGUGCAAUAGAAGAACCUCCUGAAGAAGCAAUGAAAUUCAAUGAGAGCCUACAACCAGCUAUACCCCAGUCAUCUUCCACAGAAGAGACCAUUGAGAGUAUUUUGGACAGUGAUCAAAGGGACCUUAUUGGUGAUUUCUCAAAGGGUUACCUUUUUCACACAGUUGCUGGAAAGCAUCAGGAUCUAAAAUAUAUUUCUCCAGAAAUAAUGGCAUCUGUGUUAAAUGGAAAGUUUGCAAAUCUAAUUAAAGAGUUUGUCAUCAUUGACUGCAGAUAUCCAUAUGAAUAUGAAGGAGGCCAUAUCAAGGGUGCAGUGAACUUACACAUGGAAGAAGAGGUAGAAGCCUUCUUGCUGAAGAAACCCAUCAGGCCAACAGAUGGCAAACGUGUCAUUGUUGUUUUCCAUUGCGAGUUUUCUUCAGAGCGGGGGCCUCGGAUGUGUCGAUUUGUGAGAGAGCGGGACCGGCUAGAUAACGAGUACCCCAAACUCCACUACCCUGAGCUAUAUGUUUUAAAGGGAGGGUACAAGGACUUUUUUUUGAAGUGUAAGUCAUACUGUGAGCCCCCAAGCUACCGUCCCAUGCACCAUGAAGACUUUAAGGAAGAUCUGAAGAAAUUUCGCACCAAAAGCCGGACAUGGGCAGGGGAGAAAAGCAAAAGAGAAAUGUACAGUCGCCUAAAGAAGCUCUGAGAGCAGGGCUCCUCGGACAGCAGCCAGAGAAGCCCGUACUCCGGAGGAGCCUGGGGAAAGGGGCCGGCCAGAGGUGUCUUCGGCUCAGUCCUGCUCAUUCCACAUGCUGACCAUCACCGCCUGGGCCCUGAUUAUGAAGCCUCUGCUUCCCGUCAUAGUCCUGACGACAACUCUCUUGCUGUCCCUUUGGACCUUUUUAAGAUACUUUCAUGGGAAAAGCCUUCUUUUGGCAGAGACUAGGAAUGCUGGGGGGGGUGGGGGGAAUGGUUUGCUGCUACCUUAAGUUACCUCGUGGAGCUUACCAGGAACUUUGAUCAACACUCAGAUGAAGUUAAUGGCACUGAGGUUGCCUAAGGUCCCCAGGAGUUAGAUUUGUACCUUAAGUGGCCUCCUUGAGUGACUUUGGCUAUCGCCCUCCCUUGCAGCUAAUCUGUGGCAGCCACAAUGAAAAACAGGGUUUGGGGAGUAAAGACCAAGGGACGGGAAAGAACCAAAUACCAAAGACAGUCUAAGGAGAAAGGAUCUUUAUUGUGUACAACUCCUAUGUGUUAAUUUAUUCAACCUUUCCAAUCACUUUAUUUUUUUAACUCCUGGAUCAUUAGGUCAAAGUACUGCCUUUCCAAGUAGAGUAUUAUUCUAGGCACUGCCUUGGACCCAGAUUCUACUUUUGAUUUUUUUUUUUUAAAGAAACAAAAUACUAGACGUUCACAGUCUGGUUUGGUUAGUGAUGAGACAGGGAAUGAGAGGAGGAAGGAGCUUUCUAGACCCCAGAAGGUUAUAACCCGAAGGUUGCUUCAAACCAAGAGUGAGGCAGAGGUGGUAAGUGAAUGUCAAGACUUGACAAUAGCCUUAUGCUAAACUUUGUAGCUACUGUCGGAGACUCCUCAAAAAAGCCACGAGGCUUUAGUGACGUCCCUUCAGCACAUGCUGUCUGCCUAGAACUGGGCUUUUACCAGUCAUUUUAGGGCAGUGGGGCCUAUUGGUGAAUGCCCCCCUUCCCUGCCAUUCCUUAAAUGUUCCUGAACCUUGCUGGAACAGAAGUUACAGUCAAAAAAGCACUUCAGGCAGCUUCCACUGGGUUGAUCCCAGAUCAGUGUUAGGGCAUGUAGCAUCUGUAUUCUAGGGUAAGGGGUGGGAGAAAAUAAGCUCUAAGGCAAGGGUUCUUUAAUUUGGGUGUUCCUCUCCUAUUACCUUCAUGGUACCAUUCAAAAGCUUUUCCUUCUUUUAAUCUGCUCCAAAGGCUGAGGAGCUUUCUGAGCUUCAGAUUGGUGCUUUUUAAAAAGUUUUUUAGCCAUCCCAUUUCAUGGACCAUGGGGUCAUCAAAUCAGUGUUAGAGGAACUGCCUGCAGUUGUGGGUGGGAGGGGACAAGGCUCUGGGCAUUAAGAAAAGGGUUGGGAGUUGGUGUGGAAUUGACCAUACAGAAGAUGUUUCUCAAGAGGGAGCCUGGUGGAUCUUGAAGGUGAAACUUUCUGGGUUUAUCAUGUUUAAAUUUGAGGGGAAGGGGGUGGUAAAUGUAUCUCCUGUCGCCCUCUCAUCUAGUCCUAUGGGAGUAGGUCUUUAAAAAGAUCCCUGUGAUGGGAGUUAGGGCUAGAUCUUGAAAGCUGCUCUGGUACCUGCUCUUGUGUGUAGUAAAUCUAGCCACCCUACACUACAGGUGUCAGUCCUCGUGCCAUCUCUGGCUCUAUUGGGAUGCAGCCAAGUUUCCUCAUACUCAAAUAUUACCUUCUCCUUCCCUAGCUUCCAAAAAAGAAGUAAAAGUGGAAGGUAGCAUGAGAAUCAGUGAUGUUGUUAGUGACAGGUUGCUGCUAUAUGUUUUGGGUUUGGGAAUUGCAUUUAAAUGUAAAGCAAUCUUGUUGGAAAAAAUAUGUGAUGAAAAGGGGGAGACGUCCCCCACACACACACUCCUCAGUUUGGUCCCCAAUCUGGUUUUGUAUGGGCUGACAUUGCCCAAGUUCCAAGAAUGGGGAAGUCAUAAAAGACACUUAGGGCUAUAUCUACUUAGCCGGCAUUGAUAGACUCUUGCAGGCUUUAGAAAUAAACAACCUAAACCCCAAA